UCCUCCCGUCUCCGAGCGCGAAUAAUCUCAGACGCCAUAAUCGGUCUCUCCGAUGGCCUCACAGUGCCCUUCGCCCUCACAGCCGGCCUUUCCGCACUGGAGAACACCAAAGUCGUGAUUUUCGCUGGUCUAGCGGAACUUACAGCGGGUAGCAUAAGUAUGGGAUUAGGAGGAUACUUGGCCGCGAAAUCUGAGGAAGAUUCGUAUAAUGCUGCUUUGGCAUCAACGAGAAGAGCUGUGGUGAGGAGUCCUUCUGAUGCGAUGGCUUCUGUGACAGAGGUUUUUGAGCCGUAUGAGUUGCCGGAGAGGUUGAUGGAUGAGUUGGCAGAGAAUAUGGCGAGGAACCCGAAUUUGGUGCAGUUUUUGAUGCAUUUUCAGCAUUCGCAGCCGGAGGAGACUGCGAGUCGAGCUGUGAUGUGUGCGGUCACGAUCGCGUCUGGGUAUUUCUUGGGUGGCUUUUUGCCGUUGGUUCCAUAUUUUCUGGUCCAGAGGGACGAGGUGCAACUUGCGUUGUGGUGGUCAUUCAUGGUCAUGGCUUUCAGCUUGUUUGCAUUUGGAUACGGCAAGACGUGUUUCGUGAGCGGCUGGGGAGGACCAGACAACUUGUGGCUCGGCGUAAAGGGCGGAGUGCAAAUGCUGCUUGUCGGCAGCAUUGCAGCAUUGAGCGCUAUGGGGUUUGUGCGAUUCUUUGAUUCC